UUUCCAAUAUAGAAGUAGAAUAUAGAACGGGGAAAUCAAUUCCACCAGUCCUUUCCUUAUUGGCGUUUCACACACCAUAUAGCUCAUAGAGAUAUAGGAAAAUCACAAUAUUUUGUUUUUCAAUAGUAUAGGAAUGCAUCUACUAAACCAGGAAUGAAGCGGAAAAUGCCGGCCAGGAUUUAGGGCAACUACAGCCAAAGGGACAGAUCGAACGUGAUGUAUACGUUACUAAGCACAUUUAUGUACCGAGAUUCUAAAUAAUUAUAGUGCCGUUAUCAGAACACAGAACUCGUCGCAGGUAUGAACGCGGACACCGAUCUGGCCUUAGCUAUCACCACGUGUAUGAUGCUCAUAGGCCUUACCCAUGGGAAUAAGAACGUCAUUUUGAUAAUCAUAAAAGAUCUGAGAGCAGAUGCUGUUUUUAAAGAAAUUGGCGGCUAUCCGAAAAUUCACACGCCACAUAUAGAUCGACUCGCCAGCAAGAGCCUUGUGUUUAGAAAUGCCUUCGCACAGCAAUCUUCCAGCGAUGUCAGUAUUUCAUCAAUACUCACUGGGAGACGCCCUCAAACAUUUGGCAUACCAACUCUCCGAAACGACAAGGGAUCGGAAAAUAAACAACAAAAGUCAAAUGAUAAGCAAGACAGAGCAUAUCAUGAUACCAUACACAAUCAUCAAACAAAACUUCCUGACUCAACAAUUGUAACAUUACCUAAGUUUUUUAAAGAUAAUGGAUACAGUGUGAGGACUAUUGGUAACUUUGAUACGAACUUGAGCGAAUAUGACAUGAAUGACAAUAACGAGCAUAACACUGAUACAAAUAAUACGAGUCCUGGUGACACUCUGUCAGCCAGUUGGCUAGAAGUAGAUUCGAAAAUCAAUUUACCAGAUGAUGUAACCAUCAAUAAAACAUUACACUAUAUUGAUUAUCAAAAGCAAAAGGAGAACUUCUUUCUUUCGGUUGUAUUUGAGAAACCAGGAUUACCAUACAAAUGCCCUAAAGAUUUUUUCAAUUUAUACUCAAACAGUUCCAUUCACUCAACAAACUCAAGAGAUGGUCCCGACGAGUCGCUUAAAAACGACGCUAUUCCGAGGUACAACAUUGACCAUGGUAAUAUGCCUGGUAUCCUCCAAUACGACGACAUUCGAUUGAAUAGCGCAGUAAGCGUCAGGAAUGGUACCUUGGUGCUUCCAAUUGAUGUGGCUACUAAUCUAAAGAGGGCGUACUAUGCAUGUGUGAGUUACGUGGAUGCCAUGGUUGGACGAAUUCUCAAGCGACUGGAGAGCAGUGGACUUAUUGAUGACACUAUCAUUGCUCUGGUUGGUACUAGAGGAAUUCACCUUGGAGAACAUGGAGCUUGGGGAGGUGAUACAAACUUCGACGUUGCCCUACAUGUACCAAUGAUACUUCAUAUACCGCGACAGACGGAUGCCGGAAAAUCUAUUCGUGCUUUGGUAGAGCUGAUUGAUGUGUUCCCAACACUAGUACAUUCAGUAAAAUUAGGUGCUUCUGUCCCAUCAUGCAUCACAACAGAGUCAUUAAAAAAGUUUUGUCAUGAAGGAACCAAUCUACUAAUUUUGCUCAACGAUGCUCAACAAACGGUCAAAGACGGGAGCUUUUCUCAAGUUAUACAGCGUUCUCCAAUCACCAUACCAACAAAUCCAAAUAUCAGUGGAACGCACUUCCACGGAUCAGUUGUCCGCAUCGUUGGUUACAGCAUCCGGACUUUAGCUUAUCGAUACACAGAAUGGCUUCAAUACAAUGAAUACUCAGGUGCGAUUGAAUGGAAUAAUGUCGUGGGAGCAGAGCUUUACGAUCAUAAAGAUAACGACGAUGAAUUAACGAAUCUAGCUUUCUUGAAAUCUCAUAAAGUUAUAAGACAGAUCCUAAGUGAAGAGAUCCGAGAGGAAUGGAGGGAUGAAUCUGAAUUCAAUUUAAGUAUUACUGGCUAUGUGUUUGUGUUGAUAGGAACAUGUUAUUUGAUGCAGUCGUGCGCCGCUAUGCUUGAAACGUAGUCUGCUAAAGAAAAUAAAGAAUAUACAGCCUACAACAUGCCUCGACGCAGCACGACUCAACACAACACAACACAACACGCUUCAGCACAACACAAGACGAUCAAUCACAACGCAGCACUAAUCAACAUAACAUAAUGUAACACGACACUACACAACACAAAUCAACACAGUGUUCAACACUACACGACUUCACACAACAUGGCUCAACACAAAUCGACUCAAUGCAAUGUGAAACAAUACGACUCAACAUACCACAGCUCAAACAAUAUGGCUCAACACAACAAGACGACUCAACACAACACUAUUCAACAUGACUCAACACUACAUAACUCAACACUGCACGACUCGACACACCACGACUCAACACAACAUGGCUCAACACAAUCCACUGAUGUGAUAACAUAAUUAACUCCCAAAAUAAAUACGAAGUUAUAAUGCAACAAUGGCUGAGUUCAUUUUCUUGUUUCAUUCUAUCUCAUGUGUAUUUGUACAUGCGGCAUAAUAUGGCCAUAUACUGAGUAGCGAGUAGGUAGUUACCAGUUUCA